AUGCCAGUUGCUAAUACUGACAUAUCGGUCGUUGGGGCUUUCAAUCCUGUCGAGGGUCAUAUAAUUUCUGUUCCAACACAUCAUGAGAUCGACGAGAAGCUACGUAUCUCGGCUGACAAUCGAGAAAUCUUCAAGGAUACGUUGGACAUUGACACUAAGGAACUGUCUGAUAAUUCUAGAGAUGACAAUAGUGACGACGUAAUCAUCGUUACUGGUGCCGACGCAGCUGCUCACUUAUUGCCGCUAAGAGAUGAUGGUCAGCCAGCGUUGAGUUUCAGAAGUAUUUUCUUGGCCACCGUUCUAUCGGGAUUCCAGGCGGUUAUGUACCAAAUCUACUCGUUCAAACCAACUUCUUUGGGUGUCAUUCAAGGGACCUUUAUUGUACUGAUUGCCUACUUCUUGGGAAAAACAUGGGCAAAGGUACUUCCUCGCGGUGACAAAUUUGAGGCUCGUUGGAGAGAAAGAAGUGGACAAGGCACUAUACCAUUAUACAUCCGAAUCAUCUCCUUUUUCAAUUAUGGACCGUGGAACCUCAAAGAACAUGCUAUCUGCGCCAUCACUGCAACAUCAGCAUCCAAUGCAGCAGAAACCAUCACAGUCUUUGCCGCUCAGAAUCUCUUCUAUGGAUUACCUCUCAGUGCCACCACGGUCAUCUUGGCAGUUAUAUCCAUUGGUCUAUUUGGAUACGGACUUUGCGGAAUGCUUCGCCCAAUUAUGGUUUGGCAUCCAGAGUCUGUAUACUGGAGUACACUACCCACAGUAAAGACUCUCCAAGGACUUCACUGGCAAGAUUUGAAACAUUCCAAGCCUCUCAGAUACUUCUGGUAUGCAUUUGGAAGUAUGUUUGCUUAUGAGUUCCUUCCGGCAUAUGUCUUCCCUUGGUUGAAUUCUGUUUCAAUUCCAUGUUUGGCAGCUAUGAAUGCUACGGGAAGUAAGGCGGCAACACUCACCAAUAUCUUUGGAGGUGCGACAAACAAUGAAGGCCUGGGACUUCUUACCCUAUCAUUCGAUUGGCAAUAUAUCACAUCUUUCAACACCUCUCUUCCUCUCAAGACCCAAGCUCAUAGUUUAACCGGAUAUAUUGUCUGCUUUGCUGCCAUGCUUGGUAUUUACUAUACCAAUGCUUGGGAUUCCAAAUCACAACCAUUCAUGUCAACACAACUUCGUUCAGAAAAUGGUUCAAGAUAUCCAACUGGACAAGUCUUUAGCAAUGGUGUUCUUAACGAGACUGCUUUGGAGGAAUUCGGUACUCCAAGUCUAACAGGAAGUUUUGCGUAUGCUAUGUUCAUGGCAAAUGCUGCAAUCGGUGCUCUUAUCACUCAUUGUUUUGUUUUCUGGGGUGGGGAUGUUGUCCGAGCAUUCAAAAGCGCAAAGGCAGGAACUUAUGAAGACCCACAUCAUGCUCACAUGGCUAGAACUUAUAAAGAAGCCCCAUGGUGGUGGUAUGUUGCUGUCCUCGUCAUCAGCUUUGUUCUUGGGCUUGUUGUUGUUAUCAAGGAGAACAUUACUCUACCAGUUUGGGCGUAUAUUGUUGCCUUAUUGUUGGGAUGUUUUAUUGCUCCUCUGAGUAAUCUUCUUUAUGCACGAUACGGAAACGGUAUUGCCACAAACAACUUGUCAAAGAUGUUGGCAGGUCUCAUGCUUCCUGGACGACCAGUUGGAAAUAUGUAUUUUGCGGCUUGGUCACAUAAUGUUAUUGCCAAUACAGUCAAUCUUUCCAAUGACCUCAAAUUAGGCGAAUACCUCAAAAUUCCUCCUCGUGUCAUGUUUCUUACUCAAGUAUAUGGUACUAUCUUGGGUGGUUUCGUCAAUUAUGUCGUGAUGAUAUCCAUUGUAAAUGGUAAUCGAGAACUUCUGUCCACAGGAAAUGGUAACAGUUCAUGGAGCGGUGCCACUAUUCAAGCUUUCAACACCAACGCAGCUUCUUGGGCAUUGGCAAAACAACUUUAUAAGUCGGGAGCAAAAUACUCCAUUGUUCCACUGGGCUUGGUGGUUGGUGCUGGAAUUGUUCUUGCUCAUCGUAUCGUCGUAUUUUUCAUUCCCAAGAUCCGUGGAUUUGCCCUAACAGAAAUCAACAUGCCUCAAUUCAUUCAAUACGCUGGGUAUAUUCCCUAUAACCAAUCUCAAACCUGCGUAAUUCUCAGCCAAGUGCUAGCAGGUUUCUUCACCCAAUUCUAUCUCCGUAAUUAUCGACCAAAUAUCUUCAAAAACUAUUCGUAUUUGAUUACUGGAGCUUGGGAUGGCGCAAGUUAUACUGUGCUUUUCAUCCUGAGUUUUGCAGUUUUCGGAGCUGGUGGAUUUGCAGCACCAUUCCCAUCAUGGUGGGGAAAUAAUAUUAAUGGUAAUUAUGAUCACUGUCCGAUUGCGGAGUAG